GUUAAAAGAAUCAAAGCAACGCUAUCCUCUUUCCCUUAAGAGGGAUUAGCCUAUUGAAAAAUUUCAUAAAAUAUUGAGAUUAAUAGCUUAUGCAAAGAAGAGUCAAGAGAUUAAGCUAGAAGGCCAAAAACCUACCUUAACUGAAUUCCUUCCAAAACCAGUGGUUGUCUGGUAACUGCAUAUCAUUUCCACAAUAUGCAAGCAAAGGAAAUGAAAACUGUAAAAGGAAGCAGUCCUAGACACAGGGUAGCCUUUGAAUAUCAAGAUUAUCCAUUCUUCACAAUCAUGCAAUGGAAGGCAUCAAUACCAACAUUGAGCAUAUUGUUAGAGUUGUGGUGUCAAAGCUGCAGCAGUGGGAGCAAAUUGAAAGACGUGAGAGCUGCAACAUGACUGCACAGUAGCAGCAAACUAACAACAGCAUGAAGCUGCAUAUGGGCUGCAAAAUGGCAGCAAAUCUUUUGAAUGUAAUCUUGUUUUAAGUGUUUGAUAGAUUUUCUUGCAUUAGGUAAAAUAUUAGGUGAGAAGAAAUUAUUUUUUAUUAUGUUUUUCUUGCUAUAAAUAUAGCAAAAUAUCAAUG